CUCAGGCCAAGCUGAGAGCGUCUGCUUCAGUUAUUCUGGAAAGAGACACAGUUGAGCUGAGCUGUGAGAAUACUGAAGAUCUGAAGAUGGAGAAGUGUUACUUCUAUAUAAAUGGAAGAGAAAGUAACUCAAAAGUGAGCUCAUCAUGUCAGCUCUCACUCACUGGAUCUCAGAUCAGUGUUUGGUCUGGAGGUCAGAGUUCAUCUGUGAGAAUAAGCUGCUUCUACACUGUGACGAAGAAACAAGUUCAAAUACCAUCUGCUCACUCUGAUCCAGUGACGGUUACAGUCCAGAUUUCAACACCAACCACCACUGAACAUAUGACUACAUCAAGACCCAUGACAACUUAUCUUCCUCAGGCCAAGUUGAGAGCGUCUGCGUCAGUUAUUCUGGAAACCGACUCAGUUGAGCUGAGCUGUGAGAAUACUGAAGAUCUGAAGAUGGAGAAGUGUUACUUCAACAUAAAUGGAAGAGAAAGUAACUUAAAAGUGAGCUCAUCAUGUCAGCUCUCACUCACUGGAUCUCAGAUCAGUGUUUGGUCUGAAGGUCAGAGUUCAUCUGUGAGAAUAAGCUGCUUCUACACUGUGAUGAAGAAACAAGUUCAAAAACCAUCUGCUCACUCUGAUCCAGUGACAGUAACUGUCCAGAUCUCAAUGGUGACCUCUACUGAUAAAACUGCCACAAAAACAACUGUUCGUCACACUGUUCACACUCACUCUGAAGGCUCAUGGCUUUCAGUAGUGCUGGUUUUCACUGUUAUUGGUUUAUUUCUGUCUGGACUCAUAGGAUUCAUCUUUCUGUGCCGCUUCACCAGUUCUGCUGAUGUUCUCACAGAGGUGUAUUACACCUCCUGCCAGAUAGAAACAACAUCUCUUUUAACCUCUUCUGACUGCCCCUCAAAACAUGGAUGACCUGUUUGCUUUCUUUUCCUUUCGCUAAAGUAUUAAAUCUUUAGUCUACAUGUAUACAUUUUCUUUAAACUAUUGUAACACACAUUGCUUUUAACAUAUGAUGCGAUAAAUUCUAACAACAAAGUUGACAGCUGUACUGCAACAAUUUCAGAAAAUGAUCAUAAGUGUCCUACUGGAUUUGUCUGUCUGUUUUUUUUUUUUUUUACUUUCAGAUCAAUAACCAUCUGAACUGCUUACUUUUAUCUGCAUGCUUUUAUGCAGUAGCUUACAUAAGAUUAUCUGAUUAUAUUUUUGCAUUAAGGAGCAGAAGUGUACCUAUAAGGGGACCACUGUGUCCAGCUGUGUGUAUGAAAUCAUGAACCUGUUCACUAUGGUAUGCA